AUGACCAUCAAUCCUGGCACUGACUACUUUCUGGAAAUCUCCAAUCUUCAGUUUGAGAUUCUGAAGACCCUCCGCACGCAGCCCACGGCCAGCGGCAGCAUCGAUGGAUUCCGAUCUGAUGUCGAAAGCGCCCACCAUGACUGCCUCCAGAAGCUCCGAAAGAUACAGAAAUUGCUGGUUCUAAUGGACUUUAACCUCCAAAACGACACUGAAAUUCACCUUGACCCGAUUGCUCGUUUAGAAUACGCCGCGCAGAUUGAAAAGGUGAAAGACAUCACGAACUACCUCAAGACCCAGGUGCGCUCGUUCCAGCUCCAAUCGCUGGAAACGGAGCGGGAAAUUGCCCACCAGAUCAGGUUAAAGAAGUUCACCAAUAGUUACUUUACAGAGUCCGAGGAAAAGUCUGAGCAGGAGCUCCGGGACGAGUUGUUUGCCAACCGUCAGACCGAGACCGCUAACCAGGAAAAGUCCAUCAAUGCACAAAUUCUCGCCAAAAACGCCAGCAUAACCCAUUCUUUGAAACAUUCCAGACAGCUUAUCGAAUCGUCAAUCUUGCAAUCAGAGUUGAACAUUGAGGAGUUGACGACCUCAACGAAGGACAUGCAUCAGUUGGCCGAUAAAUACUCAAAUUUCAACGUGGUAUUACAAAACACUGGUAAGUUGGUGAAAUUCAUCAAUUCGCAGAAUAAAAAGGACCGGAGGAAUAUUAUGAUGGCCCUCGCGUUCUUCACCUUCUGCUGCGUAUGGGUGAUCUGGCGGCGUAUUUUAAGAAGACCCGUCAUGCUCUUGGUCUGGGUGGUGUUAAAGUUGCUCGGUGUGACACGGAUCUUCGGCAAGGUUUUUGGGUCUCGAGGCGACACCGUCACGCUAACCCCAUUAUCACAAGUCAUAGCGAGUACCACUGAAGUACUAGCGAGUACCACUGAAGUGCUAGCGGAGAACACUUUGCAGUCAGUCGUGGAUGCCGUGACCAGUAGCUUGGCCCAGACAGUGGAGGCGGUACAGCCUGAUUCCUCGGAAGUGGUGACAGCCAUUACUACCAUUGUUGAAACAGUCGAAGAAAUGAUGCAGAAUGUUAACGACAUUCUUGAUGAAUUAGUCGGCACGGAGGCAGUCCAAAGGGCCGUCGAAACUGCUGCGCAGAUAAUUGACGAGUUGUGA